AGAAAGCAAAGAGAAACACAAAGAUGCGUGAGGCCGGAGGAGUAUGGGGGUUCACAGGCUCGAGCAUGACAAGCCUUAUGUUCUUCUGGGCGAUGUACAACCAGUUUUUCCCUUACCAACUCCUAGCCCUGAUUAUGAAAUACGUAUACAAGUUGAUGGGAUGGGUUUCCACAUCUGUUCACAUCAAGUUGAUGGGAUGGGUCGACAAGGGCGAAGCUUACAACUCCAUACGCAACUACUUGUCCUCCAAGUCAACGGCUCGUGCGAAUAGACUCAAGGCUAACGAAAAGAGAGGCGGGAAAUCUCUGGUGCUCAGUUUGGACGAUCACGAAUCUGUCGAAGAUGUGUUUAACGGCGUUAAGGUGACAUGGUCUUCGAAUGUGACCAGCAAGCGUGAGGAUCAAGCUAACGCAGGCGGUUCUGAGGAGAGAAGGUACUUCACUCUUAGCUUCCAUACGAGGCACAGAGAGAUGAUCAUUGAGAGGUAUCUUGAGUACGUUUUGAGUGAAGGGAGAAAGAUUGAGAUCAAGAAGAGAGAGAGGAAGCUUUACACUAACAACACGAGUCUUUAUGCGAGGGAAGACAAAUGGUGUGGUGUUCCUUUUCAUCACCCAGCUACGUUCGAGACUUUGGCUAUGGAUCAGGAGAAGAAAGAAGGGAUCAAGAAGGAUCUGAUGAAGUUUGGCAAAGGGAAAGAUUAUUACAAGAAGGUUGGGAAGCCGUGGAAGAGAGGUUAUCUCUUGUUUGGUCCUCCUGGGACAGGGAAGUCUACAAUGAUCUCUGCUAUGGCGAAUUUUUUGGAGUAUGAUGUGUAUGACCUUGAGCUAACCACCGUGAAGGACAACUCUGACUUGAAGAAGCUCUUGCUUGAUACAAAAGAUAAGUCUAUCAUUGUGAUUGAAGAUAUUGACUGCUCCCUUGGUGUAGCGGGGCAAGAGGAAGAAGAUGAAGAGGGUAAGAAUAUAUCAUAUGUCACGGCGCUUUAUGAAGAAAGAGAACGGAGUAGGGUUACCUUGUCAGGGCUACUAAACGCCAUUGAUGGGUUAUGGUCAGCUUCUAGUGAUGAGAAGAUUAUGGUGUUUACUACAAACUUUGUGGAGAAUCUUGAUCCGGCUUUGAUAAGGAGAGGAAGGAUGGAUAACCAUAUUGAGAUGUCUUAUUGUAGGUUUGAGGCUUUUAAGGUUUUGGCUAAGAACUACUUGGAGAUUGAGUCUCAUGACUUGUAUGGAGAGAUUGAGAGAUUGGUGGAGGAGAUAGAUAUGUCUCCUGCUGAUGUUGCUGAGAAUCUGAUGCCUAAGUCUGAUGAAGAAGAUGCUGAGAUUUGUCUUAAGCGUUUGCUCAAGUCUUUGGAGGAAGAGAGGGAGAACUCGAGGAAGCUAGCUGUUGAAGAGGAGAAGAAGAAAGCAGAGUGGGAAGCGAGGAGGAAGAAGAAGGCAGAUCAAGAAGAGAAGAAGAAGACGGCAGAUCAAGAAGAUAAUUAG